UCGUGCCGGGGGAGGCGAAGGAGGAGAAAGGCGGCAGCACGGGCAGCCUGCUGGGGGCUGACCUGAUUCCCUAGAAUCCUCAGCUCCCUUCCUCUCUCCUCCGACGUCCUUCCUUCCCUUCUCUCCUCCUUCCCCCCCUUCCCUUCCCCAGCGAAGCAGCUGCGAGGAACAAAGAACGCGGGCGCUCCGGGAAGCAGCGCGCAAGCCCCGCGCAGUGCGCGCGGCGUCUGGCUCCUUGGAGCGGGGCUCUCCCGGCUCCACGUCCCUCCGCAGCCUCCCCCGCCUCCCGCGCUCGCUCGCUCCCUCCCGCCCGCUCGCCGCCUCCCCCACCUUCGCGGCGCCGGAGGAAGGCGGCCGGGGCUCAAGAUGGCUUUAGCCGGGCUCUGCGCCCUGCUCGCCUGCUGCUGGGGGCCGGCGGCGGUGCUGGCCACGGCCGCCGGCGACGUGGACCCAUCCAAGGAGCUGGAGUGCAAGCUCAAAAGCAUCACGGUGUCGGCGCUGCCCUUCCUGCGCGAGAACGACCUGAGCAUCAUGCACAGCCCCUCGGCCUCCGAGCCCAAGCUCCUCUUCUCGGUGCGCAACGACUUCCCCGGAGAAAUGGUCGUGGUGGACGACCUGGAAAACACCGAACUGCCCUACUUCGUGCUGGAGAUCUCAGGGAACACAGAGGACAUCCCUCUGGUGCGCUGGAGACAGCAAUGGCUGGAGAAUGGCACUUUGCUUUUUCACAUUCAUCACCAAGAUGGUGCUCCCAGCCUCCCUGGACAAGACCCAACAGAAGAACCCCAGCAUGAGUCAGCAGAAGAGGAACUGAGGAUCCUGCACAUCUCAGUCAUGGGUGGCAUGAUCGCUCUCCUGCUGUCCAUCUUGUGCCUGGUGAUGAUCCUGUACACUCGCCGACGCUGGUGCAAGCGCCGCCGGGUGCCCCAGCCCCAGAAGAGCGCCAGCGCCGAGGCGGCCAACGAGAUUCACUACAUUCCCUCCGUGCUGAUUGGCGGGCACGGACGGGAAAGUCUGCGCAACGCCCGCGUGCAGGGCCACAACUCCAGCGGCACCCUGAGCAUCCGGGAGACGCCCAUCCUGGACGGCUAUGAGUACGACAUCACCGACCUGCGCCACCACCUGCAGAGGGAGUGCAUGAACGGAGGGGAGGACUUCGCCAGCCAGGUCACCCGCACUCUGGACUCCCUGCAGGGCUGCAACGAGAAGGCAGGGAUGGACCUCACUCCAGGAAGUGACAAUGCCAAGCUGUCGCUGAUGAACAAAUACAAGGAUAACAUCAUCGCCACCAGCCCCGUGGACUCCAACCACCAGCAGGCCACUCUGCUCUCGCACACCUCCAGUAGCCAGAGGAAGCGGAUCAACAACAAGGCAAGAGCUGGUUCCGCCUUCCUGAACCCUGAAGGAGAUUCUGGCACUGAGACAGAAAACGACCCCCAGCUGACCUUCUACACCGACCCCUCACGGAGCCGGAGGCGCAGCAGAGUGGGCUCUCCCAGAAGUCCUGUGAAUAAGACCACCUUGACACUGAUCAGCAUCACCAGCUGCGUGAUCGGCCUUGUGUGCUCCUCCCACGUCAGCUGCCCCCUCGUUGUCAAAAUCACCCUGCACGUCCCUGAGCACCUGAUCGCCGAUGGGAGCCGCUUCAUCCUGCUGGAGGGGAGCCAGCUGGAUGCCAGUGACUGGCUGAACCCCGCUCAAGUGGUCCUCUUCUCUCAGCAGAACUCCAGUGGGCCCUGGGCCAUGGACCUCUGUGCCCGGCGGCUCCUGGACCCCUGUGAACACCAAUGUGACCCCGAAACUGGGGAAUGCCUCUGCUAUGAAGGUUACAUGAAGGAUCCAGUGCACAAGCACCUUUGCAUUCGGAAUGAAUGGGGCACAAACCAGGGGCCUUGGCCUUACACAAUAUUUCAGCGGGGCUUUGACCUGGUUUUGGGAGAACAGCCUUCUGAUAAAAUAUUCAGGUUCACCUACACCCUCGGGGAGGGCAUGUGGCUGCCCCUCAGCAAGAGCUUUGUGAUCCCACCGGCUGAACUGGCCAUCAACCCUUCGGCGAAGUGUAAGACGGACAUGACGGUGAUGGAGGACGCCGUGGAGGUCAGAGAGGAGCUGAUGACCUCGUCCUCCUUUGACAGCCUGGAGGUUCUGCUGGAUUCCUUCGGGCCCGUGCGCGACUGCAGCAAGGAUAACGGGGGCUGCAGUAAGAACUUCCGCUGCAUCUCGGACCGCAAGCUGGACUCCACUGGUUGCGUGUGCCCGUCCGGACUGAGCCCCAUGAAGGACAGCUCUGGCUGCUAUGACCGCCACAUUGGGGUGGACUGCUCAGAUGGCUUCAAUGGCGGCUGUGAGCAGCUGUGUCUCCAGCAGAUGGCGCCCUUCCCGGACGACCCCACCUUGUACAACAUCCUCAUGUUCUGUGGGUGCAUCGAGGAUUACAAGCUCGGUGUGGAUGGUCGCUCUUGCCAACUCAUCGCGGAGACCUGCCAGGAGGGAGGAGACUGUGGGGAAAGCAGGGAGGUUCCCAUGAACCAGACCCUCUUUGGGGAGAUGUUCUUUGGUUACAACAACCAUUCCAAGGAAGUGGCUGCAGGACAAGUGCUGAAAGGAACAUUCAGGCAAAACAACUUUGCUCGAGGUUUAGACCAGCAACUGCCAGAUGGUCUUGUGGUGGCCACCGUUCCCCUGGAGAAUCAGUGCCUGGAGGAAAUCUCGGAGCCCAUGCCUGACCCCGAGUUCCUGACUGGGAUGGUGAACUUCAGUGAGGUGUCUGGAUACCCUGUGUUGCAACACUGGAAGGUCCGGUCUGUGAUGUACCACAUCAAACUCAACCAAGUGGCGGUCUCUCAGGCCCUCAGCAAUGCGCUCCACUCCCUGGAUGGCGCUACGUCACGUGGGGAUUUUGUGGCCUUGUUGGACCAGUUUGGCAACCAUUACAUCCAGGAAGCUAUCUAUGGCUUCGAGGAGUCCUGUUCCAUCUGGUACCCAAACAAGCAGGUGCAGCGGCGGCUCUGGCUAGAAUAUGAAGACAUCAGCAAAGGCAACUCCCCAUCCGACGAGUCAGAGGAGCGGGAAAGAGACCCCAAGGUGCUGACGUUCCCAGAAUACAUCGCCAGCCUGUCAGAGUCUGGCACCAAGCGCAUGGCAGCUGGAGUCCGCAUGGAAUGCCAGAGCAAGGGACGAUGUCCCUCCUCCUGCCCCCUGUGUCAUGUGACAUCCAGCCCUGACACUCCUGCUGAGCCAGUUCUGCUGGAGGUGACCAGAGCAGCCCCCAUCUAUGAACUGGUGACCAACAACCAGACCCAGAGGCUCUUGCAGGAGGCCACCAUGAGCUCACUCUGGUGCUCAGGGACUGGAGAUGUCAUCGAGGACUGGUGUCGCUGCGACUCCACGGCUUUUGGAGUGGACGGACUCCCCACCUGUGCGCCUCUCCCACAGCCUGUGCUGAGACUCUCCACGGUUCAUGAGCCCAGCAGCACCCUCGUGGUCCUGGAGUGGGAACACUCAGAGCCUCCGAUCGGGGUGCAGAUUGUAGAUUACCUCAUCCGUCAAGAAAAGGUCACUGACAGGAUGGACCACUCCAAAGUGGAGACAGAAACGGUGCUGAGCUUUGUGGACGACAUCAUCUCUGGAGCAAAGUCUCCUUGUGCCAUGCCUGCUCAGGUGCCAGACAAGCAGCUCACCACCAUCUCUCUGAUCAUUCGGUGCCUGGAACCGGACACCAUCUACAUGUUCACCCUGUGGGGAGUGGACAACACUGGACGGCGCUCCAGGCCCAGUGAUGUGAUCCUGAAGACCCCCUGCCCCGUGGUCGAUGAUGUCAAGGCCCAGGAAAUAGCAGACAAGAUCUACAAUCUCUUCAAUGGCUAUACCAGUGGGAAGGAGCAACAGACGGCCUAUAACACCCUCCUGGAUCUGGGUUCCCCCACCCUACAUCGAGUCCUCUACCACUAUAACCAGCACUAUGAGAGUUUUGGAGAAUUCACCUGGCGGUGUGAGGAUGAAUUAGGCCCCAGGAAAGCUGGCCUCAUCCUUUCCCAGCUGGGGGAUCUCAGCAGUUGGUGCAAUGGCCUCCUUCAGGAACCCAAGAUAAGCUUGCGACGCGGCUCCCUGAAGUACCUGGGCUGCCGCUACAGCGAGAUCAAGCCCUAUGGACUUGACUGGUCAGAGCUCAGCCGGGACCUCAGGAAGACGUGCGAGGAGCAGACCCUGAGUGUCCCUUACAACGACUAUGGGGACAGCAAAGACAUCUAGCGCCAUGAUGCCAGAUGGUGGCUCCCAAGAGGAAGCAGGAAUUGAGGAGAGGAACAUCUGGGUUGGUCUGUGGAUUUUUAAUAUUUUUUAAUGGAACAUUAAAAGCUCUAAACCAGGGAGAGGCAAUAUCUGAACCAGGGAGAAACUGAUCCUCGCUCCCUAUAGAACUCCUUCGGGAUGGUGUUCUCCAUCUGCAUGACGGGUAGACCUGCCAACCAGCGCUUCAUGCAGUGCCAUUUUUCUUUAGGGGAUUACUUUGGGGUUUGUUUUACAGCUGAUUUGUUUCAUUUAUGGUUAUCUUUUUUCCCCAAGAGGUUUAUCGCAAUGCUUGAGAGUUCUGCCAUGCUUCCCAUGAAAGGUCUAUCAGGUUAAGGCGUCCUGGGCUCGCUGAGUCCCUGAGUCCAUUGGGGACAGAAUUGAGACCAGAAAGUCACCAGACUGGCCUCAGGCCCCAGCCACAAGCAUUCCUCAGGAAGCAUCUCACUCUGGGAGCCUAGGUCUGCUCACAGAGAAAGACGACAUCAGGAAAAUCGGGAGGGUGGGCUCUGUGUAGGCCUCAUGGUUCCCCCCAGGCCUUCCUAUUGCUCGAUUCACACCUCAUAGGUGAACUGAGCUUCCAAUAUGGGUCCCAACGGGCCUUCGGGAUUUUUAGGUCUUCACCCAUUUUAAGACAGGAUUGGGAUGAAAUCUCCCUCUGCGGAUCUCUGCCUCCCCUCCAAACAGUAUGAGAUCUUUAAGAGGCAACAAAACACUACCUGGGAGACUAGUUAGCAGUCCCAUUCUGGAGAAGAAGUAGGGCUGAUUAUUCUGAAAACUCCAGACGAACUUCUUCAGACCAUCAAUGUACAGCGCACCGCAUGCCUGGAUUCUCUUAGCACCGGCGUCCCUUACCCUGGACAAGGCCUGCUCCGGCCCGGGGGCGCUGAUACCUCCAUGUCAGUGUUUUAGUGAAUUCAAGCGAUUACUGAUCACAAAAAAAUGAAUGUCCACUUCUCCUUUGCUAAAUUUGCUUAAUUAUUUUGCUAGUUUUGCAAAUCCUUCCUCUAGUUGGCCACCCCCAGGAGAAUGCCGCUGUUUUCACCUCCCAUCUAGCUGCCAGGUCCUGUGUAGGCCAGCCUCCCGACCGCGAGCAGAGGCCCAGCCCUUGCUUCUGCCCCACUACCCUACUGUCACUGCCUUGUGGCCCAGCUAAGGGGAAGCCCCGCCUUUCCACAAGAGCUUCGAGGGCCGUGUGGUCCAGCGAUGGCCUUAGCUGUGCCCACACACCUCAGAAGCCUCGACACACACCUUCAGCCACCCUGCCUUUGACCAGGGCCCCUCAUUUGGAAACACAAGACAAAGGUCAGGAAAGAGACGCAGGAUCUAUAUUGAACUAUAUUGAUUUUUUUCUAAAUAGUGAAGACAGAUCACAUUCAUGAAGUGCUCACUGUGUCCCAGACGCUGCUCUGAGCACUUCUCCUGUCCCUGAAUCCUCACGACAUCACCCCCCACCUCCCCUCCCAGCCCCACCACCAAGGAAGAGCUGUUCCAGGCCCCAUUGCAGUGAUGGGGAACUGGAGGCAAAGAGCGGUUAGGCAACUUGCCCCAAACUCCUCCUUGAGCACUGCCUGGGCCACGAUGUGACUUCAGGCUGUGUGACUUCAGGCCGUCAGUCUCCGGAGUCCUCUUUCACCCGCAGCCCCGGGCCACCUUGCCUGUGGCAUGCAGCUGUCCCAUCUGUAAGCUCCACUGGGACCAGCUCGACAGCGCUCCCCGUGCCACACCCAUCUGGGACAGAUGUGCCCGCGGGGCACCUUAGCCUCUGCAGCGGGAGCACCCUGAGGGCCCGCCAGUUCUGUGGCAUGAGCCCUCCCUUGGGGCCGGGGAGUAGAGCUUGAGGGGAAACUGCAGGCCACCUCACUCCCCUCCCCGCAUUUUUCCACAAAAAGCCCGAAAGCUGUCUGGUAUUCUGUAAUGUACCUGCCUCAGAAAUGCCUCCACUUCCAGAUGGAAAGCUAGCAGAAACCUGGGCCGUCCCACCCAUGGUCAGGGCAGGGCCUCUGGUAAAAUGCCUAACGGGACAUCUCUGACCAUCCCCAGAGAGGACGAUGCCACAGGCACCUGGAGGCCAGCCAGCGGCCAAGGCCGAGGGAAGAGCUGUCUUUGCUGCUGCCACUGUCUUGCCCCCUGUGUUCAAGUCUGCCCACAAAAUGGGCUCGAUGUACCGUCGUGGGCGCCCAGGGCCGCACUGCCCUCCUGCCCCACGGCGGGGGAGACUGGAGCCAACGGGCUGCAGAGGGAGGCUGGGGAGUGGCAUCAGGGUCACCCUUCUCCGUCCCCUCCUUCUGUUUUAUUAAAAUAAAGGAGGCUCAUUCUUCCCCCAAGCCCCUCCAGCUUUUCAUCUACUUUAUCUUUUUCUUCUCUGAUCCCACCCUUCCUCCUUCAUCCCUUCCUUCUCCAUGACUCCCUUCCUCCUCCAGUGUCCCCUUGUGUCCUCCUGGUGGCAUGUGUGCUUGCACUCACACACAUUACACACACACACACUAUAUAUUCAUUACACACACCUGCAUCAUACACAAAACGCACACAACGUUGUACACGUGCACGGCACACACACAUUAUAUACACAUACACUA